AUGGAAAUAUUACACUUGGCAUUACUUGUAGUAAUUUCUAUCAUCUGCUUUAAAAUUGGUCAAGGAGUAGGACAGAAGGAAGUAGAAAAGCAAUAGUCACAAUACAUCCAAUUACAAGAGAAUGAAUAAUUGAUUGAAGAAAUUGAUGAAGAAUAUGUUAAAUAAGUUGAUCAAUAAGAAUAAGAUUUAAAAGAAGCGAUUAAAAAGUUUAAUUAGAUUAAUCAAAGAGAUAAGUAGUUAUAGAAAUAAUUAAACGAUUUAAAAAAUACAUAAACGAAUAAUGCUAAACCCAAAGUUUAAUAAAAUGAAUUACUAAGUGAUAAGGAUUUUGAUAAUUUAUUGGAUGAAGGUUUUGUUGUAGAUUAGGAAAUCAAUGAAACACAAUUAGAUUAAGAUUUAAUUGAAGCUAGUAAAUGA